CCCUCUCUUGCCUCGGCGGGGCUCCGGAGAUGCCGGCUGUCAAGCGGGAGCGGCCGGACCGCGAGGAGCUGCUCCCCUUGGCCGCCUUCAACCGCCCUUUGGAGGGCUACCUGGUGCCCCACUUCGCCGUCACCCCGCACCCCCCUCCGCCUCCGCCGCCCUACGAGCCCCUCUUCGGCCCCCCGCCCUUCCUGGACUUCCACCCGCCUCCUCCGCCGCCUCCUCCUCCUCCGCCGCCGCCACCCCCUCCGCACGAGGAGCUGCUCCUCCUGGAGCGCUUCUCCUCCUCCUCCUCCUCCGCCUCCUCGUCCUCCAGUUCUUGCUCUUCCACCUCUUCCUCUUCCUCUUCCUCGUCGGACUUCCACCCGUUCCUGGAGCGCGGCGAGCCCUGCCUGGAGGUGGAGUGCGGGGAGAACAAGGCGCUGCUCUACAUCCACAAGCUGUGCCAGGGCAGCAAGGGGCCCUCCAUCCGCUACCGCGGAGAGUGGCUCACCCCCAACGAGUUCCAGUUCGUCAGCGGGAGGGAGACCGCCAAGGACUGGAAGAGGAGCAUCCGGCACAAAGGGAAAAGUCUGAAGACGCUUAUGUCCAAAGGCAUCUUACAGGUACAUCCUCCAAUCUGUGAUUGCCCUGGGUGUCGAAUUUCGUCUCCAGUGAAUCGGGGCCGCCUGGCGGAGAAGAGGACAAUCCCUUUGCCUCCCACCAGAACACCGAAGAAAGAGGUGACCUCCAUUUUCUCGCACAGCGAGGACAGUGAGGAGAGUGACAAGGUCAACGGCCACCACUCUGAUGUCAAGCAAGAAGAGGAUUUGCAUAUUAGUAUCAUGAAAAGAAGGAUCCACGCACAUUGGGAUCUGAACAUCUCUUUCCACGAGACCUCUUGCAGCAGCCGGGACAACGAACUCACUUCCUUCAUCUCCAACCUCCACCAGAGUCGGCAGCUCGUAAUGCCAGAGACCCAGAGCCGCUGCGAGUUCAAGAGGAGCAGUUUGGACAUCGGCUUGGGAGCGGCAGAUGAAGUUUUAGGCAAGAGGAGAGCCUGCUCACCCAACAGCAACAGCGAGUGUCCCCUCGAAAGCAAGAAAUCCCGAAGUGAGUCCCCAAAAGAAAACUCCCACACGCCUCUGUUGGAGGGCACCGUCACUCAGAUGACCCCGGAAGAGCAUUAUCGGCGCAUGAUGUCCGCUCUCAACGAACACGGCACCUUUGAGGAGCAGCAGCAGCAGCAGCAACGCCUCUAUCAGUUGGCCAACAGCAUGGCAGUGCCCAGCCACAGCGAUCUCCUCCGGGCGCGGCAAGAGGUGGCAGCGGCAGCCCGCAACCCCGGCACCAUGGAGCCUCACCUCUCGUCGGCUGCCAACUCGUCCAGCCAGCGCCGGAAACAGGGGCUCCCCCAGCACCGGGAUUCACACUUCACUGAGAGGGAGAUGUCCCAUCCGCCUCCGCUCCUGUCACCACAGAACGCUCCUCACAUUGCAUUAGGACCCCAUUUGAGACCCCCUUUCUUAGGGGUGCCUUCGGCUUUGUGCCAGACGCCAGGUUACGGAUUCCUCCAACCGGCCCAAGCAGAGAUGUUUGCCCGGCAGCAGGAGAUGCUGAGGAAACAGAACCUUGCCAGGCUCGAGAUGUCAGCGGAGAUCAUUCGCCAGAAGGAACUGGAAAACCUCCAUCGGCAACGGCUACUGGCCGGCGACCCCAUGAGCUUGCACCCGAGCCUGCCGCCGGACCACCCGGCUUUGCGCAACGUCCACGACAUCCCCGAGGGGCACCCGCUCAGGGACGAGCUCUCCCGCAGGAACGCCAUGCUGGUGCUCCGGCACAACAACGCUCCGCUGUUGUCGCUCAACCACCACGGGGUGCCUAGCGCGCCCACCACCCCGCCGAAGGAGCAGGGGAGCCGGAGGGCGAGCCGGAAGUCCGCGCACCACCGUGCCGAGACCCCGGGACAGGGCGAAUCCAAAGAGCUGUGCGAAAACCGCCCGCCCGACGGCAACGACGAAGAGAUGAAGGACUCAGAGAGCGACGCGGACGCGAACGAGGAGAAACCGGACGGCCUGAAGGCUGAGAGUAGUGUCUCAGCCAGCGAGCUCAAAGAGUGCAAAGAUGUGGCCAAAUCCUGCGACGGCACCAAAGAACUGAGCGAACUCUCUGCCGGCCAGAAUGCGCCGGGGAGCUCCUCCAGUGCCGAGUCACCCAGCCAUCUCCUGGGUCCCGUCAUCAACAAAACGGAGGGCAAAUACCUCCCGCCGGCGCCACUGCCGCCACCUCAACCGCUGCCCUUUGGGUUCCCGUACACCAUGAGCCCCUACUUCCACGCAGGUACGAUGGGAGGUCUCUUUUUGGAUGGCGAAGAGAGCCCCGCGCUGGAGGAUGUCAGCAAGUGGACGGUGGAGGACGUCUGCAGCUUUGUCGGCGGACUGUCCGGCUGCGCAGAAUACACUCAGGUCUUCCGGGAGCAGGCCAUCGAUGGUGAAACCUUGCCUCUUUUGACCGAAGAGCACUUACUGAACAACAUGGGACUGAAACUGGGACCAGCGUUGAAGAUACGAUCGCAGGUAGCCAAGAGGGUCGGCCGCGUGUUGUACAUGGCCAGCUUCCCCAUGGCUUUCCCGCUGCAGCCUCCAGGUCUGCGACCCACUGACCGCGACUUGCCUCCUGCCGCCGAGCUGCGCCCGUCCUCCACGGGAAGCGUGCCCUCCUCCCCCUACCACAGCACUCUCCUCCCCACCAGCCGCGUCUCGCCAAAGCAGGAAAACGGAAACCCUUUGCUCGCCGGCCUCAACGACGCCGCCAAGCCGCCGUCUUAACCGCCCCGCCGCCUCUGCCUUCUCCCGCUUCGUCGUUCGGAUUCCCGGAGCCGAGGCCUACACGGACUCCGAGGAACGGAAAGAGUCCGUGCGAAAGGGAGAUGGCCAGGAUGAGCAGGGCAGGGGGAAACCAACCCAAAGAUUCCUCGGAAGCAAUUUGGAAGCGACGUACGGUUUGGGAGGGGACUGUGACGGUCUUUCUUUCGCAAUUUGGGAGAUCGUCCGAGAGAGUCGAGGACUCUGCUUGCCAUUCCCUGCCCGGACGGAAACUGUAAUCAUCUCCCCUUUCCUUGUCCCUCGCCGGAACAUGUAAAACCGUUCCUCUUUCGGGGUGUGUCUAUGCAUCGCUAAAGAACGACUUUCGAAACAAUACCAAAGACAUCGACGAACCGAACUCCAUGUUUACUUCUAUUUGGACGGUACGCCCUGUGCGGUACAGUUUUCGCUCUCCGUUUUGUUUUGUGUUUUGUUACAAGGAUUUUGCAUUUCAGGGUUUUGCUGCUUCCGACACUGCAAAAGACUCUCGUUCUCGCCGAGCUCUGCACAGACUGAACCGACGAAUAAUAAUAUUACGAAUAUAGUGUUAGGGAACCGAGGGGAGCGAGGGAUGUGGCGCAGGCGGUUCUCCGCUCCUCCAACAAUGUGUGUACAGAACCCGUGCGUCCCGUUCUGAUUUGGUACUCGCUUCGUGAUCCGGCGGUGCCCGGGUUACUUGAAGAAGGCCUUGUUUGUUUUGGGGUGUUGUGUGGUCAUACGUUACUCUCUUUCUAUUUUGCUUUUUAUGAAUGCUCCCUAAGGAUCUGGGUGAACUACAACUUCCAAAAAAUCUUGGGUCAAUCCUCCCCAAACCCUGCCACUAUAUACAGUUGGCCACCUUGGGUCUGUGUACCAAGUGUGGUCCAGAUGUGUCAGUUGUAGUUCUGGAUACACGUGAACUACAACUCCCAUAUGCCAAGGCCAAUCACUCCCAAACCCCGCCUGUAUGCACAGUUUGCCACCUUGGGUCUGUGUGCCAAGUUUGGUCCAGAUGUGUCAGUUGUAGUUCUGGAUACACAUGAACUACAACUCCCAUAUGCCGAGGCCAAUCACUCCCAAACCCCACCUUUAUGCACAGUUGGCCAUGUUGGAUCUGUGUGCCAAGUGUGGUCCAKAUGUGUCAGUUGUAGUUCUGGWUACACGUGAACUACAACUCCCAUAUGCCAAGRCCARUCACUCCCAAACCCCGCCUGUAUGCACAGUUUGCCACCUUGGGUCYGUGUGYCAAGUGUGGUCCAGAUGUGUCAGUUGUAGUUCUGGAUACACGUGAACUACAACUCCCAUAUGCCAUGGCUAAUCACUCCCAAACCCCGCCUGUAUGCACAGUUGGCCGUAAUGGAUCUGUGUGCCAAGUUUGGUCCAGGUCCAUCGUCGGCGAGCCAUGCAAAUUCCACACCAAUGGAGAGAGCUUCAUCUAUGCUGACGAUCAUGCUCAUCUAUGCUGACGAUCAUGCUAUCACCGCUCAAGCUCCUAGAAAUCAUGAAUUCUCCCCAAGCCCCUCUAGCAUAGGAAAGAGGUAAGGGAGAGGCAGUGGGCAGGGUCAUGCAAAUUCCACACCAAUGGAGAGAGAAAGGAACCCUAGGAUGUGGUGCUCACUACAACCUUCAAGAUCCUUGGAGGGAGUGCUUUCUGGAUAAGGGUGAACUACAACUCCAACAUGCCAAGGACAAUCACCCCUAAACCCCGCCUGUAUGCACAACUGGCCAUGUUUGAUCUUUGUGCCAACUUUGGUCCGGAUCCAUCAUCGGCUGGGUUUAGUGCUCUCUGGAUAAAGGUGAACUACAACUCCCAGAUUCCCAGGGCAAUCACCCUUAAAUCCUAGUUGUAUGCGCAACUGGUCAUGUUGGGUCUGUGUGCUAAGUUUGGCCUAGAUUCAUCAUCGGCUGGGUUGAGCACUCUCUGGAUACAAGGUGAACUACAACUCCCAGAUUCCCAGGGCAAUCACCCUCAAAUCCUAAGUGUAUGCACAGCUGGUCAUGUUGGGUGUGUGGGCCAAGUUUGGUCCAGAUCCAUCAUCGCCUAGGUUGAGCACUUUCUGGAUACAAGGUGAACUACAACUCCCAGAUUCCCAGGGCAAUCACCCUUAAAUCCUGGCUGUAUGCACAGCUGGUCAUGUUGGGUGUGUGUGCCAAGUUUGGUCCAGAUCCAUCAUCAGCUGGGUUGAGCACUCUCUGGAUAAGGGUGAACUACAUCUCCCGUAUGCCAAGGGCAAUCACCCCCAAUGUCCACCAUGAGGGGUCUGUGUGCCAAGUGUGGCCCAGGUCCGUCAUCUGCUGGGGUGUUUUCUGAAUACAAGUGAACUAUAACUCCUGAAUACCAAGUUCAAUCACCCCCAAACCCAGCCAGUAUGCAAAGUUGGCCAUGUUGAGUCUGUGUGCCAAGUUUGGUCCAGAUCCAUCAUUGGUGGGAUUCAGAGGGCUCACAGAAUAUAGAUGAACUAUAACUCCCGAAUGCCAAGUUCAAUCACACCCGAACCCAGCCAGUAUACAAAGUUGGCCAUGUUGGGUCUGUGUGCCAAGUUAAUUCCAGGUCCAUCGUUGGUGGGGUUUAGAGUGCUCUUAAGAGGUGCACUAUACAUCCCAGUCCCUAGAACUCCUAUAAAUCAUGGUCAGCCAGUUACAGAAGGGACAGUGUUUCAUCUAUGCUGACGAUCAUGCCAUCCCCGCUCAAGCUCCUAUAAAUCAGGGUGAAUUCUCCCAAACCCCCUCUAGCAUAGGAAAGGGUUAAGGGAGAGGCAGUGGGCAGGGUCAUGCAAAUUCCACACCAGUGGAGAGAGAAAGGAACCCUGGGAUGUCCUUGCAAGGUCCUUGGAGGAGAUGCUUUUGGUGGCUCGUCAGCACUGUGGGUUACAGCUGUUUGUGGAAGCGGAAGGCUGUCUGUGUGACAACCUCCCGCCUCACCCAAUUCCACACCAAUGGAAAGAGAAAGGAACCCUGGGAUGUGGUACAACCUGCAAGGUCCUUGGAGGGGGGGUGCUUUUGGUGGCUCAUCAGCACUGUGAGUUAAAGAUGGUUGUGGAGGCGGGAUGCUGCUUGUGUGACAACCUCCCACCUCACCAAUUCCACACCAAUGGAGAGAGAAGGGAACCCUGGGAUGUGGUGCUCACUACAACCGGCAAGGUCCCUGGAGGAAGUGCUUUUGGUGGCUUGUCAGCACUGUGGGUUAAAGCUGUUUGUGGAGGCAGGAGGUGCUUGUGUGACAACCUCCCGCCUCAUCAAUUCCACACCAAUGAAGAGAGAAAGGAACCCUGGGAUGUGGUACAACCUGCAAGGUCCUUGGAGGGGGUGCUUUUAGUGGCUCGUCAGCACUGUGCGUUAAAGCUGUUUGUGGAGGCGGGAGGCUGUCUGUGUGACAACCUCCCACCUCAGCAAUUCCACACCAAUGGAGAGAGAAAGGAACCCUGGGAUGUGGUGCUCACUACAACCGGCAAGGUCCUUGGAGGAAGUGGUUUUAGUGGCUUGUCAGGACUAUGGGUUAAAGAUGUUUGUGGAGGCGGGAGGCUGUUUGUGUGACAUACAGACGUAUACAUUUUCACUUUUAUUAUGUGUAUAGAUGUGGGGAGUGUAUGUGCGCGUGCGUGGUUACUUUGGAAAGAGGGCGGGGGUCGGUACCUGAGAAGGCCUAUGGGGCAGCCCGCCUGCGCCGCCCUUGCCCCGCUCCCCAGCUCGCCCUUUGUACAGUAGUGGAAAACAAUCACGUGGUUGAUGCUCGUCCGUCUUUCUCUCGACUUUCCGUUGGAAACAACUGCACGUUCUACUUAUUUUUGUUGGUUUGUUUGCCUUUUUUCAGAACCGAAUGAAAUCAAGAGAAAGA